UCAGAUAUUAUCCUUCAUUCGAAGUUAGUAAGACCCUUAAACUCUCUCCAUUAUUAUUAUCAAGAAUCACAAGUCAAUUUAUGGUUCAGGAUAAGAACUCAAAGAUUAAUAUUGGUUUAGAAUUGAAGUUUGAAACCAAGAGAGAAAAGGUAUUGGGUUACACUAGAAAGCUGAAUAACGGUAAAUUCUGGGAAUUUUCACCUUUGGCAAUUACUUUGAUCAAUUCUUACAAGACUAAGUUCCCACAAUUAUUUGCUAAAUUAUCAGCAUUGAGCUCCAAGGAUAUUCCUAAAGUGGCUGAAAUUCUGAGUAGUGAAGAAAUUAAGGAGGUUAGAAGUUGGCUUAAAGAAGCUAAAGCUGAUUUGAUUCCCGUUUCUUUAGAAAGUGAAUCGUUGACCAAGUUUAGUUUCAGAGCAAUUGAACAAUAUAUGGAAACAUAUAUUUUAGAUCAAGUUCCUACUGUUGAUAGAGCCAUCAGAGGUGUUCCUCGUGAUGCUAUCUUGAAUGCUAGUGAAUCCUAUCAAUUAUUAGGUGACCAACGUUUUGAAUUGGGUGACCGUAUUGUUUAUGUUCAAGAUUUUGGGAAAGUUCCAAUUAUGUCUAAGGGUACAGUUGCUUCUAUUUUAACGGUUGGAUCCAAGACUUCUUUGGGAGUUAUCUUUGAUCAUCCAUUAUUGGGUGGUAGUGAUAUGAAUGGCAAGUUGACUUCUAAACGUGGUUUGGUUAUUGAUUCUUCUUUGGUUUUGAAUUUAACUAAUCGUCAAUAUGUUUACCAUUCUCGUGCCUCCAAGAGUAGAAAACCAUUAACACCAGAGCAACAGGCUGCUCGAGUAAAAGCUGUUGAGCAUAAGAAGGUUGAACAAGACCACAAGAGGGUCGAGCAAGAACAAAAGAGAAUUGAACAGGAUCAAAAGAAAAGUGAACAAGAUAAGGAGAAGCAGAAUUUAAUCAAGCAAGAAUCUCAAAAACAAACCCAUGAAUUAUUGUCAUUAUUAAAGAUUAAAUCUGAUUCUAAAGCUGCUGAACAUGAGCAAUCUAGUGGAGACAAGGAUGAACAAGCAGUUACUAAUCCAAAUGCAAUCAAGCAUAUUUAUGGACAAAUUUAUUCUUCUGUGAUGAACCAAGGAGCUGCACCACCUCAACCAAUGCCAUUACCACCGCAGCCACCCGUAGGAAUGCCAAUACCUAUUCCUCGUGGUAAUGGAAUGGGAAUGCCAUAUGGUUAUAUUCCUGCUGUUCCUGGCAUUCCAAUCCCGCCUCAAUUUUUGCAACAACAACAACAACAGCAGCAGCAACCAUCACAAGUUGUCAAUCCAAACGGUGAAGAUCAACAAGCAAUCAACCAGCAAGAAAAGGGUGAAUCUCAGGAACACAGAGGCAGUGAAGGUCAAAGAAGAGGAAGAGGAGGUCAUAGAGUAGCCCACAGAGGAAGAGGAGCCCAUAGAGGUGCUGUUCACUCCAGAGGCGGGCAUUCCAGAGGCCGAGGUGGCAAGGGUAAGCCUAAAUCUGAAUCGGACCCAGAAAAGAACUGAUCGGAUAUUUUACAAUUUUGUAUUUUCGUAGUUUAUUAUAUAGCAUAAAAUGUAUUAUUUGUAUGUAUUAUACCUGUGAAGAUGGUUUUACGUAUACUCUUUCUAUUACAAUGUUUUCAGAAUUUUUUUUAGCAACUAUAUACAAGUGGUUAAAAUUUUUAAAUCUAUUUAUCUUUCUUCUCAUCGGAUUUCAACUUAUCUUUAUUUGUUUUGCUUUUCAAUAAUUGAUCAUGAGUAAUACCAGCUUCACCAGGUAAAUUGACCAACCCAAGAGAAUCCCAAUCGGAUUGUUCCAUUAAUUGAUGAUCCAUUCUACAUUUCAAAUAAUCUUUAGCUAAAAUACGGCAAUUUGGUGCGUUUUUGUUUUCUGUGAAUUUCAUGCAUUCAAGAUACUUGAACAUUUGUGAUGAACAUUCAUGAUCGUGAUCUAACGGGAACGAACCUCUUUCUGGAGGUGUUGGUGUCCAACUUCGAAAGUUUCCUCCUGGUGCUCCUGAAGCCAUUUUUAUUGUCUAAACUAUGAUAACAGUAUGGUGCAACUCAUGUCUAGGUCGUUUUUUUUUUCAGCUUGGAUGUGAUUUAUGGGAUUUGAAUUUUCGGAAAAGGAAACUCGGUCACGUGUUAAGAAUUUGGAAGGAACCUGGCUGUAAUGGUACGGUCACACGAGAUAGUUGUAGAUAUGACAGCAGAAACCAAAACUAAUCAAAGUAGCUGGUAUUCCGAACUUGUUUUAAUUAUGGCCCAUUGUGAAAAAUAGGAUAAUUUACAGCCAAUAACACAAGCUGUAUUUAGAUAAACUUUUACGAUGCAACCACACCUAACUGAAAGGUACAGAUAAGAUAGCAAUCAAGUGUAUAGCCAAUAUCCGAGGGAUUUCUGACUUUAAACUCCAUCAUGCAUUUGACAAGUGGAACAAUAUUCGGGCUUAUGAAUCAAGCAACUGCGAGGUUGCUAAACUCCAUAUAAUAUUUUUGGUAGAACUCGGUUUAAAAGGCGCGAAAAAAAAACUUUCAAAACAAGCAAAAAAA